UCUUUAGUGUCCCGGGAUUCUCACUUUCUGUCGCGUUGAUCGCAAUGCUACCAUCUUCUAUCGGAACAACGUAUGGUGCCUAUUUCCUCUCAACAAUUUUCUGCGCUAUGCUCUGGGGAGUGUCUUGUAUGCAAACCUUUUCUUAUUUUACUCGUUAUGUCAGAGAUGAUCGAUGGUUAAAAACUACGGUCGCUGUUAUAUGUACGGUGAACGCUGCGCAGACAGCACUGAUAGUGCAUGGAGCGUACGCUUACCUAGUUGUUAACGCCGGAGACUCUUCAUUUUUUGAGGUGGUCCUUCCGGUGUCCUCGUCCGGGUUUCUCCUCUCAGCCAUUGUUUCAGUUUGUGUGCAAGGAAUAUUUGUUGUCAAGGCACAAAGACUCAGCGAGACGAGAUCGAGGGUACUCCCCUCGCUCUGGGUCCCAUUCGGUCUUUUUGAACUCGGAACAGCAAUUUAUUGCGUUGUUAAGAGGUGAGGGUUUUACUCGAACAACAGAUCUACUGUCAGGAACGCGUCGCAGUUUUCAAAGUGGGAAGAGUGUUUUCUUCACCGCAUCGCUGAAGGUGAGGAUCAGUUCCAAGUCUGUCCCAUUUGAUGCAGCCUCACCUACCGAAAGGGUGCCGUGGUUUCUUAUCU